GUGUGGUGAUGAAGGUUGUUAAGUACCUGUUUGUGAGCCUCGGAAGUUGGAGCUUGUAAUUUGACACCAUUGCUGCUGUUGGGUUUUCCUCAUCGGCCCUGGCCUAGCUGCAUUCCUGCUGGAGUAGGCGGUGUCCUUUUCUCCUAAGCCACUCGAGGGCUGGCAUAUUUGAGAAGUAUAGCUCCAACUGGAAAGCUGUAAGGCAGCCAGCAACAGCAAAGCAGCGUCAGCACGGGAAGAGACUUCCUGAGUGACUUGUCGGUGUGGUAAUUCGUUGUGAUUUGUUCCUGGGGCCCAGAAGCACAAGGUACCUUUUCUCAGGGAGAUUAGCUACGGAACAUUCUUCACGUUUUUUUCUCCUGCGUUACCAGAACAGUUUUCUAGUGUUUCUGAAGUUUAAAAGCAAGACUUGGAAGUGCUUCAUCCAUUGAAGCUGGACUCAGGAUAUCCUGCACAGUAAUGUACCCAAGCUGUGUUUUGUAGGAAGGAUUACAAACUGGACUUGAUUUGAAAGGCAACAUGCAGGACAGGGAAUAAUCAGAUUUAAUAGGUUUAAACUGACAAAGGCCUUUUGUUGAGCGAGACGAGAAAUGUAGUUGGAUGAAGUGGUCUAAGUACAGAGAAAAGACUUUGGUUUUGAUGCCUCGUAAUAAGUGUACAGCACUGCCUCAAUAUGCUUUAAAUAUUUUGCAACCUCCAACAUAUGAAAAGUAAGGAUUUUAUAAAAAAUUGACAAACAUUAAUAUUAAAUUGAAGACAUAGUAUUGAGCCUCACUCUGAUAAUGGAUGAUAACUUUGCUUGACAGUUUUCUGAACCUGAAUCUGAAAAUGGACACCACCAGUACCUUGGCAGAUAGCACUGAUGCUAUGGGAGCUCAGAAUGUUGAGGCAAAAUUUACGGGAAAUCCUCAGUCGAUAUUUAAGAAAUUUUCAACAAUAUUUGCUCGAGGUGCAGCGGACAAGGCGGAAGACUCAGCACAGACGGCGACAACAGCUGUGCUUAUGUCAUUCCGUACUUUACCUGAGAGCUUGAACGGUGACAGUCAAGAUGGUAAUUUAAACAAAAAUCUGGAUCCCGAAGUGAACAGCCAUUCCGAGGUGCAACCGGAAACUCCACUGCCACCUGCAUUUCAUGUGGAUGAUACUGGGGAAUCAGAUCUUGUUCGUGUGACCUUGGUUCAGACCACUAGUGAUACAGAAUCUGAUGAGGAUGAAAACAGUGACUUAAUAAUGCCAAACAAUGUACCCGCUGAUUCACACAGUACCUCCUAUGAGAAUACGGAUGGGAAGGGAGCAAACAUCUUUGCAGGAACACAUCUAAAUCAUAAUGACGUCGAUACAUUUGUGACGUCUUUAGAUAUUGCACUUCCACUCUCAGAACUGGAGCUUAAUAUCAGUCUGAAGAAAGCAGAUGAUGUCAUUUUAGUCGGUGAAGAGGAAACAAGUUCACCUGGAGUGGAUGGCAGGGAGGGUAAAUUGGUGAAGGAUCCUUUUGUGGUGAACACAGCAUUUAGUGUUCCUGCUAACAUAGCCAAUGUGCCUGUCACCACUAGUGUUACACAUUCUGAUGCAGAAAUAGAUACUGAAGGCCUAUCUGAAAAUGGCACUGGUGACAUAAGGUUGGAAAGUGACAGCCACACAGAAGAUGAUGGAAAGAGCAAACUCAAUGAGCUAAUGGGUGAUGUACUUGUUAAACACUUACAUGGUGAUGAAAAUGAAGACAUUCCAUUUAUUGAUGAUUUGGUUCAACAUUCUGACUCUGUUGUGAUGGCUGAUGUGGAGAACUUAAACAGUGUUAAAUCAAAGAACGAAGAGGAUUGUCAUAGGUUCUCCCUUUUAACAAAAUCAGAUGUUGCUUGGGAUAAUGAAGAUGGCCUUACUAAUGGCAAAGUUUCAGAAGAGAAAACAGAAUUUGAAAAUACCCUUCAGGAUGUACAACCUGAUGGCAGUGAUCAGAGUAUAGCUUUAAGUCCCACAACACCAGAUACUCCAGUAAAGUCCCCACACAGAAGCGUCAGUCCACAACUUGGCACCCCUGAAGACAAAAGUUUCCAGCUACCAGCCCUGUUCAGUGGUCUGCGGGUAUUGAAAAAAGGGGCCACUGGUGAAGACAGGGAAACCAUUGCUGAAAUCAAAUCUAGAGACAGUGACUUGGCUCUUCUGAGUCUAAAAAAGACGGUCAACAAAGUCCGGACUACACCUGAAGCUCUGCUACAGAAACAGGAGCAGAGAAGCAUCCGUGAGCCUAAAAACGUCUUUCUGGGACACCUAAGCCAGUUGUUUAACUUAGAAAAAAAGGAUGUUCCAGAUGAAGAAAAUGGACAGACAUAUAACAAAAAGGAGAAUGAUGAGGCAAAUGUGGACACGUUUUCUCCUGUGGAAGAGAGCACUCCUCAAAGUAUUGAGACAGCUUUUGAUGCAUUCAAAUCAUUUUUUACGCCAAAGCCUCAUAAACGGAAUAAAACGGAUGGAUUAGACUUGGAUGCUGUGAAGAAGAAACUUAAAAAUGACAAGGAUGCACUGAAAGCCAUAUUUGAGAAGUCCAAAUCAAGAAGCCCAUCCAUUGAAAGAGGAUCUGAUGAUAAAUCGUCUGAAGCCACCUCAGACAAUGAAGACAGAACACCUGGCAAACUUCAAGCAGUGUGGCCUCCUCCAAAGCCAAAGGAUGAAGAGGAGAAAAUUGGUCUGAAGUAUACUGAAGCAGAACAUCAAGCUGCACUCCUACAGCUAAAGAGAGAAUGUAAAGAAGAGGUUGAACAAUUACAUAAAGAAUUUGAGCUGAAGAUCUUUGAAGUAAGAGGGGAACAUGGGGAAAGUAUUGCAAAGCUUGAGGAGGAAAUCCAGAGGCUUAAACAGGAAUUGGACAACAGUGUGUACAGGGCAAGAGGAGAAGUAAAAGAUACCUGUGUUUCCACUGAAGAUGACAUGCCUCCAAAAACUUUUCGUAAUGUAUGUAUUCAGACUGACAGGGAAACCUUCCUUAAGACACCAGAAGAUGAAAACAAGGUUGUCCACACCAGUCAAACUGUCCCCAAAAAACUGAAGCCAGAGUCAUUAAACCUUGGAUUGAAAUCAGAACAAGAACAAGUACCACCUGACCCAUCCAACCACUUAAAACAAACUAGCCUGUUACCUCCACCUCCUGCUCCACCACCACCACCUCCACUUGCUCCCUUCCAUUCUGGUUUGGCUCCUCCUCCCCCUCCUCCUCCACUUCCAGGUGCUCCACCUCCUCCCCCACCGGCACCUCCUCUUCCAGGAGCAGCACCUCCUCCCCCUCCUCCUCCAUUGCCUGGGUUUGAAGCACCUCCUCCUCCACCUCUACCAGGAACAGGCCCACCCCCUCCUCCUCCCAUGUCUGGCUUUGCGGGAUUUGGGUUUGGCUUAAUGUCAGAAAAGGCACCUCGGAAACCUGCUGUAGAGCCUUCAUGUCCAAUGAAACCCUUGUACUGGACCAGAAUUCAAGUCAAAGACAGCAGUGAAAGUUCAGUAUGGGGGUCUCUAGAAGAGCCCAGAAUUCAAGACACCAAAGAGUUUGAGGAUCUGUUCUCUAAAGCUGCUGUGCAACAAAAGAAGAAGCCCCUGUCUGAAUCAUAUGAAAAGAAGGCAAAAGCUAAAAAGAUUAUUAAACUACUAGAUGGCAAGCGAUCACAGACGGUAGGAAUUCUAAUAUCAAGUCUACACCUUGAAAUGAAAGACAUUCAACAAGCCGUGCUGAAUGUAGACAACUCGUUUGUGGAUUUGGAAACCAUUGAGGCUUUGUAUGAGAAUAGAGCACAGAGCGAUGAAUUGGAAAAAAUAAGAAAGUUUUAUGAAACGUCAAAGGAGGAGGAACUGAAGCUGGUUGACAAGCCUGAACAGUUCUUGUAUGAGCUUUCUCAAAUUCCUGACUUCGCUCAUCGAGCUCACUGCAUUAUCUUCCAGUCAGCAUUCAUGGAAGGACUGUCUGCUGUUCGUCGCAAAGUGGAGAAUGUUGAACGUGUUUGCAAGGGUUUGCUAGAGUCAUGUGUAAAGGAUAUUCUUGGUCUAAUCCUUGCUUUUGGCAAUUACAUGAAUGGUGGAAAUCGUACACGAGGUCAAGCUGAUGGCUUUGGGCUUGAAAUAUUACCAAAGCUGAAGGAUGUCAAGAGCAGGGAAAAUCGAAUAAGUUUGGUUGAUUAUGUAGUUGCAUAUUACCUACGACACAUGGAUAAGAAUGCAGGAACUGAACUGAGCACCUUUCCUUUACCAGAGCCACAGGACUUGUUUUUGGCUGGACAAGUCAAGUUUGAAGAUCUUACUAAAGAUCUUAAGAAGCUGAGUAGGGAUCUUGAUGCCUGUGAAAAGGAAGUCAAACUAGUGUGCCAAAAUUCCUCGAAUGAACAUCUUCAGCCUUUCAAGGAAAAAAUGGAGGACUUUGUUCUUAGUGCAAGAAGAGAACAUCAUGCAGAAGACGAGCAUUUGAAAAGCUCUCAGAAAAGCUUUGACAGCCUGGUCAUUUAUUUCAGUCUGAAGCCCAAGUCUGGAGAGAAGGACAUCACUCCCAACUAUGUUUUCAUGAUGUGGUAUGAGUUCUGCAGUGACUUUAAGACCAUUUGGAAACUAGAAAGUAAAGUCAUAUUCAAAGAGAGAAUCAAAGAAGCACAGGAUUCUGUCAAUAAACUGACAGCAGAAAAGAAGAUUGAAACUAAGAAGACAAACCCCAACAGCCUAAAAGAGAGGCUGCGUCAGAAGGAAGCCAGCGUAACAGCAAGCUGAAUGGUUGAAGAGUUGCAUCCCUCCCACCAUGUGGCCAACAAGUGUUCCAGUCUGCUUGUACUCUAGCAGCAACUCUGCUGGUCCUCUUCCUUCAUGGACUGCUAAGGGUUUGUGCGGUCUCCUUGUUGCCCAUCGAUAUCCAGCAUUACAAUUGUCUAAAAAGAGGCUAUAGAAUAUCCUUGAGCAAUGUGUACAAAGGGCUGGCACAUGAAACAAACAUGGAGGAACACAUCUGUACUGUCACAUUUAGCAAAACAGCUAGAUUUGGCUGCUGUUCUUCUUAUAUAUUAAGGAAUGGUUAAUGUUCAAUGCUCCUUUUAUUAUCAGUAAUUAUUGCUCCCAUCAUCUGGGGGGAAUGCUAUACAUUGGUGGUGGUUGAAGUGGCACUCCACUGUAACACGCUUUGAGUUUUUAGAAAAGCACUUUAUAAAUGUAACUAACUAUCUGUCUUCCCCUCAGUGUCACUAGAGUUCCACAAGAAACAAAGGUACUUGUAGCCUAUGACCUCUCUGAGAAUAAGUGACAUCCCUAAUGUGUGUAUUUUUAUUUGGUCACACUUAGGGUGAAGCCUGCCAAGCAAAUAAUUGAGAGAGUUGAAUGUGUGAAAAAUGAUUUCGCCUGGCAUGCAUGCUACUGUCUCUUUUAUCUGAUAUCUGCUAAAAUGUCAUUGGUUAGAAGUCAGCUAAUGCUGAUUUGGUGCGUAAUCCACUAAUUAAAAUCUCAUACAUGUGUCCGAGUAAUAUUAUUACAAUUGUGUACAACCCACAAUUUAAAUUAUCUAAACAGGUGCACUUAGAUAAGUUUAAAUUGUUUGGCACAAUGGCACAUGCAAUGACAAAAUCAAAUACAGAAGAUGUCACACAAAUGAACUGGAAUGAAAAGGUCUUUGUAGCAUUUACUCUUUGGUGGACUGGAAGGUGACCUGAUGCCGUAACUGGCCAUCGUAUAGCACCAGUCCCAUGAUGCUGGUAUAUUGCCAUCCCCAGGCUCUGUGCUGUACCACCAUUUUGUCAUCUAGCUGCUAUGUUUUGAAAAAAUCAAAAACAGUUACUUUCAUUCACAACUGUUUUUCCAAAGCCAUUUUAAAGGACCUACAUUUGUAUGUAUGUAUGAUGUACUUGUCAUAGUCGCACAUUCCCGUGUAAUAACAUUUCUUCGACAUGUGUCAUUGGGCUAGACUAAUUAUUUCACUGGUUGCUUUUAUCAGCAUCACUCACUUUCUGUUGCUUGUCAACAUUAAUAAUGCCUUUGAGAUUGUUUUAUGGUAAAAAUAUUUGUCAUUAAAUAAUAUAUAUAUAUAAUUUUGACCCAAAAUUUAUAACCGAGUAGUAAAGAUAUGAGGUGCUAAUCAGGAUUGUACUGAACUACAAACAGAAGAUCAGAAUCGAGGUACACUUUAGAUAUAACUAUUUGGGACACAACUAAAACUUGAAGUAAACCUACAAGCAAAGGUUGACAUCUUGAAAUUCCUUAGCAAAAAUAAACUUAAGUUUGUGUACUCAACUGCAGAUGUAUUGCUAAGCUGGCUGCCUUUUUUCUAAAGCUUCAUCUAACUACUGUCAUUCUUCAAACUUACCCUCCUUGCCACAUUCCUCCAGCUGUCCAUUGCUUGUUGAUGGAAAUUACUCGGUCAUAACUCAAGGAUUUUUUGGGCUCAUCCUUGUACUCACUAAUAACUCAGUUGUUGAGUCAUUUAGCAUGUUUUCUCAAAUUCAUUUUGCUUUGUUUUUUUUCUUGGAUUUUAUCUAGCACGAGGCACACACUUCCUGUUCUUUUAAAAUCUUAGUCUUUCCAAAAGCAGUAAAUCCCUCACCACAUACAUAUGCCCAUGAAAAAGAAAUAAUGUAUGGCACAGAAGAACUGGGCGUUAUAACCAGCUUUUAAUUGGUGGGUUUUAGUCUCAAAUAACAGCACUUGAAGUGCACUCUAGCAGGACAUUACAAUUCUAAUAGCGAGGGUCAGAAAUCCAUCUCUGCUUCUACUUCACAAGUGAGCAGAAGGCAUUUUCACAGUUACGGCACUAAGAUGUUCAUCUGUCACCCAUGAAUGAGCUUCACGGCAUAGAUGCUAAGUACCUGUUCUUUUAUUAGGUCAGGCUUUCCUGGAUCCACGAGCAAGAUGCAGACACUGUUGACAAGUCUUUGCAUGCUGCUUGAGUUAACAUUUGCUACCUUAGCCCCAUGUUGCACGUGACCUUUAAAAUAUUGCAAAAUUCCAGACACUUCUACUGUCCUUUUAAAAACUGUCUGCCUUUAUUAAUUCAAGACUGAUGUUUACAAAGAUUUCUGAUCUUUAAGUAAUUAAAAUCUAGUAAUCUAUACAAUGCAAUACAAUGCAGACACAUGUAGUGCAGUAAAGUGCAGUAAACAGAAAAAAAACAUGAAUGAACUCAAGUCCACCCUUUGCCUUCUCUUAGGCCCAGUGUCUUGCAGUUUCUGAAGGUCCUUGUGUGGUCAGUUCCAUUGCACUUCCAUUGCAGAUGUUGGCUGUCUCAGGUGUAAUCCCAGUCUGGCUCCAUGAUGUGAAGAUCAGGGAACUGUAGAGUUGUGUUGCAGGAUUCUCUGUUCCUCCUUUUAUACAGUCGGACCUCGUUAAAUCGAACUCAAAGGGACCUGAAAAAAAAUUCGACUUACGGAGUUUUCGAGUUAGGGAAAACGGCGUAAUAGGCAAGGGUUAAUCAAGGACAUUAUUUUUCCGUCUUAAUUAUUAUAUAACUGUUUAUUAUAUUGUCAUUUUAUAUGUAUACAUGUAGGCUACAUACCGGUACAUGCAUCUACAGUAUGUACUAUCGAACAGUGCAGUGAAACAGGUUAUCUUUAGAGAAAAAAGUCUGUUAACUUUGUUUGGCAUCGAUGUGCCGAUGCAUCUCGCUCGACAAUCUCCUCAAUCUCGUCAAUGGACCGAAACACAUUUUCCUCAAGAUCCGGCGUAGAUUCCAAGAAUCUGCGCAGUAUGUCAAUAGCCUGCCUCGCUUCUUUUCGGCUGGGGACAGGCUAAGUAUCGACAUUGUUGCUGUAUUCUUCCUCAUCCCCACUCUCAUUUUCCUUUUUUCCUCAUUUGCCACCUCAUCAAUAAUGUCAGCGUCCGUUAGUUCUCCACAAACAUUCACCGCACUGUCAACUUCGAGAAAAUCUUGAAAGGACUCUUCCUUAUUGGCGCCAGUAGCUGUCAGAACCGUGGACCAUUCUUUGGGACUUGCAAGUACGUCGUCUGUUUCCAUUGACAUUCCCUCCAAGUGCUCCUCUGAAUCGUCAAUGGUUUGUCCAAAACCUGCUUUUUUGAAGCAAUUCUUGAUUGUUUCCUCCGGAACUUCAUCCCAAGCUCUCCCGGCCAUUCGCAUCGCUUCUAGCAGGUCAAUUCCUAGUGGGCGUUUAUCUUCGAUAUCCCGCAGCAAUUUUCUCACAACGAGUUUGCGGUAUCGCAACUUGAAAUUGUUAAUGAUGCCCUGGUCGAGAGGUUGAAGCUUAGAUGUCGGAAAAAGCUUGAUUGUCACAGCUUUCAUGACAGGAAUAUGGUUAUGUGCUGUGCAAUUGUUGAUGAAAAGAAUGAUUCUUCUUUUCUUCCGGACCAUCGCUGCAUCCACUUUCUUCAGCCACUUGGAGAAAAGUUCUGAUGUCAUCCAAGCUUUCUUAUUGGCCUCGUAAUGCAUAGGUAGCGAUUUCACAUUUUUGAAGCAUCUGGGUUUCAAUGAUUUCCCAAUCAACAAUGCGGGCAAUUUUUCUAACCCACUCAUGUUUUGCGCCCAAAAGAAGAUUCACGCGCUCCUUACUUUUCUUUCCACCGUGGCAAGGUUCACCUUUGAAAGUCAUUGUUUUGUCUGGAGUGCAUUUGAAGAAUAAACCAGUUUCGUCUGCAUUGAAGACAUCAUCAGGACUGUAAUCUUGAACAAUUUCUGGCAGUUUCUGUAUCCAAUGACUGCAAUCUUCUUCUGUCACUUGUGCACUUUCGCCACAUAGCCUAUUAAACACAAUUCUGUGUCUUAUCUUGAAUUUGUCCAGCCAACCAUUGCUGGCUUUAAAUUCCGAAUGGCCCAACUCUUUGGCAAAUUCUUCUGCUUUUGCUUGCAAAAGCUUCCCAUCAAUAGGAACGUUCCUAUCCCUCGCUUGCACAAACCACUUCAAAACGCAUUGUUCAAUGACGGGAUACUCACAUUCCUUCAUCCUCUUCUGAUGGCCACAUGACUUCUCACUGUACAGUUUCAAAAUCUUUUUCUUUCAGAAAAGUAGAGAGCGUACUUGUGGGAAUGUCGAAUUGCUUUGCAAUUUCCACUUUCUUCUUGUCGCCCUUUUCGACGGCUCUGAUGACGGUAACUUUUUCCGCGAUUGACAACAUUUUAAGCUUACGUUUACCAGUUGCCAUUUUCAGGGCACGUACCGUACGGGAGACUAUGGAGAAGCACACAGACAUAAACACUAUUCAAGGCUCCUCCCGACAAGAGACUGACAAAGGUGAAGGGAAAAUGGGUUAAAAACGUCUCUCUUGAGACAAUUUGGAAAUUCCAGACGCCACCCGAUUGGUUAUGACUCAUGGAGCACCGAAGGGACGCGGAUUAUUCCAGCCACUCCCUUUAGUUUUUGGACAUUUUUGGUCUCAAAAUAAACGUCCUACCCUCAGAGAGUCGCUUAAUCCCUUGUGGAAUGCAUUAAGAUAAGACUUUGCGUCCCUUUUCUUGGUUUUCCGGACCACGUGUUCUGAAAUGUAGCCUCAGAAUAAUAACCCAAAAGCCAUAGAAAAUUCGACUAACGGAGGUUGGGAGCCGAAAAGUUUUCGAGUUGAGGAGAUUUAAAAUACAUUGGUCUUAUGGGAAUUCGGCCGGGGACUAACGAGUAAUUCGACAUAGGGAGGUUUUCGACUUAGGGAAGGUCGACUUAGCGAAAUCCAGCUGUAGUUUUGAUUGUGUUUUUGGGAUCAUCAUCAUGCUGCUGCAGAAUGAGGUUGGGAUCAAUCUAACACCUCCCUGAUGGUAUAAGAUGGAUGCAUAAGAAUCUGCCCAUACUUCUCAAAAGUGAGGGGGCCGUCAAUUUUGAUCAGAUCACCAACUGCGUUUGCAGAAAUGUUUCCUCAGUUGUGCAUAGAACCUCCACCGUUUAUCCAUGUCCUGCUCUCCAGCCCUCUAGUGGGCAAACUGCCUUCUGUUAGAGCCAAAAUUUUCAGAUUUUAACUCCUCAGUCCUACUAUUUUUCUGCCCCUCAGUCCUUGUGUUUUCAUGAGUAGCUGAGUCAUUUAGCUUCAUUUCUAACUCAGAGGAAUGGCUUUUUAGUCACAACUCUUCCAAAAAGACCGCUUCCGAUAAGACUGUAGUUGGGUGGAAGAGAGUCACAGUUCCUAGCUGAGAGUUUUGCUAGACAUCUUCUCAUUUUGAAGGCAACUAAACUUGAUGCAUUUCACGUUUGCUGCGCUCAGUUUCCAGGGCUGACCACUGUGUUUCUACAACUCAGCCUUACCUGUUUGUGCUUCUGCAGAAGAGCUUGGACAGCUCAUCUGGAAAUAGUUGUCUGCUUGGGAGGGGCCUUGAUGGUGCCAUCUUGUGUUUUGUCACCAUGCUCACUAUUGCCAUGACUUGCAGGUUAAACCUCCACAUCUACCACGGCCCCCCACUUUUGGUAUGCCUGUCCCUGGCCAGUUUUGCUCCCUUUACACGGCUGUUUCUGUUUCAGCUCAUCCCUUUGAGUCAAUCUGCACACAUUGUCAUUGAUCAGCAGCAUCUUAAUCAAGCACUGGGUGGUAUACCUGCAAAGAUAUUGUGUGUUUUAACUGGAAAGUGUUCUAUUAGUAUGUUGGUGGCAGUCAGAUAUCUUAUUGCAUGGAUUCACAUUUUGCAAAAGGAAUGUCUGGAACUCUAAAACAGUGCACUCUUUUAUAUUGAGACAUUAACUAUGAAGACAUAAAAUAACCACCUAAGACAAAUAUUUUUGUGACCUAUCUAAAGUGCUUAAGACAUUUUCCCAGUACUGUUUAAAUAAAUAUAUAUAAAUAAUAUACAGACUGCAUAUAUUGUAUAAUAUAAACAUGCAUACAUUUGUAAAUUCCAGUGUGUGUAUAUGCAGUAGAUAAAGAAGUACGUGGGUAAAUCAAGAACUAAAGGCAAUUUGAAAAUGAUGUGGUAAUUGCAAUGGAUAGAAGCUGACACAAUACAACACACUUGCAGUGGCUAAUGAGUACUUCAAACACACACUGCGCAGCACACUGUCAUUAGUCUAGUUGAAGCCAAGGUCAAGUAACAUGGACGUUACACUGCAGGAUUGCGCUAUUGUUGAACACUGCACCAUAGUGAGAUUUCUUUCGGCAGAGGGAGUUAAACCUCCUUAAAUUCAUGGAAUUUAAAACCACACAACUCAAUGAAAAGUUUAUGAAUUAGUAGAAAGGUUUAAAGAAGAAAGAACAAGUGUAACUGACAAAGUUUAGUCAUGUCGACCAUCAGCAUUACUCACACAAGCCCACAUCGUCAGGAUGAAUGCCUUCAUCAGAGAAGACUGAUGGAUUAUGUUGUCCACUGUUUCUGCACAUUUAGAUAUCAGCUAUGGAUCUGCAUGUGCUGUGGAGCAUGAUGACUUGAGGUACUGUAAAGUUUAAGCGAGAUGGGUACCCAAACAGCUUACUGAUAUGCACAACAUGUUUAGGUGAAUUUCAGCAGCACGUUGUUCAACAGUGGUGCAAUCCCACAGCUGACCAUCCAGGUUCAUUUGACCUUGGCUUCAACUAGAAUAAUGGCAGAGCGCUGCACUAUGUGUGUGUUUGAACUACCCAUAUGCCAUUGUAAGCGUGUUGCAUUGUAUCAACUUCUACUCAUUGUCAAUACUUAUACUUUAUCAGUAAAUCUCACAGUGACAUACUGAUUACUAAUUAUUCUUGACUACACAAACUCAUCUCUUGGGAGUCCCUCAAAGGACACACCACACAAUUGCACUUCAAAAAUGGAAUACUGCAGGUAAAUGCAGUAGCAGUUAAAAAGAAGUACAGUAUUUUUUGACAAAUUAUACUGCUAUGCUGCUCUAACAACUGCACUUUGAUACAGAAGCUCAGUUAAAAAAUCUACUGUGUUAGCCAGAUUAAUGCUUUCCUUGACUAUGUAUAAUGUACCUUUGUAACAGUGACAUGUUUUAUUUUCAUUUGAGUGCAGACAGCACAAAAUUAUGUCCCAGCAUUGUGUUUAUUUUAAGUACAUAUCCAGCAGUCUAAGCCUUGGCAGCAAAUUGUGCUCAAGAAGCAUUCCUUUCGCUUGGUUUGAGAAGUGCUCAUUUUAUUUAUGGGAGACCUUGAGAUGUGCAGGAGCAACUUGCUUGAAUAUCACUCAGGGAGAGACAGGCAUGCCUCCAAGAUAUCCAUACUAACUACACAUAUACAGCCUUCAGAGCAUGGAACAGGGUCAUAUAUUCCAAGAACUAAGGUGGACUAGAUGAUCAGUGAUCACACCACAUAAUAGAAGAUCAUAAAGAGAAAAUUGUGUUUUCUCCUAAGGCAAUGCUCACCCAUGAAAUUCAAGGGCCCAGCAAAACAGGACUUGUGUUCCUGCUACUAGGCUGUCUGUUCUGUUCUUUUUUUAAUAAAGAGAACAUUAUGUUUAAUAUGGUGGUUUUAUUCAAAAGGUCAAAGUGGAUUUAGAAAUGUAUAGAACAUUCACAACGUGUUAUUUCUAAAGUGUAUUUUCCUAGAAUUUUCUGAGGCAUGCUCCCACAAAUUAAAAAAACAAGCCACUGAUUCCUCAUUGUGAACGACUCACCUUACCCAGCCCAUUCCCUUUUAAACCCACAAUCCCUCACUUUAGAAGUGCGUGCCUGGUGACCCUUCUAUGCAAAUAUCCCAGUGUUUGAUGAUUACAAGUGUUGGUAAAGGGUUGACACGCAAGUGUUGAAAUGAUUAUUUACAUUUUUAUAAUAGCAUCAUAUCCUUUAUUUUUGACAGAUAUGCUUUUAUCACCCUAUUAACCUAUAUUAGUAGGUAUGAACUAUAUUUGUAAAUAAAGUAUGAUUUAUUUUAUUUCAAAAAUGACUGCUAUUUGACCAUAAAGAAAAGUAUUUUUGUAUAUCUUGCUUUUCCUGAAAUGUAAAAGAGAUUAAUUGGUUUGCUUAUAUAUUUACAGAGGGAUAAAAAGUGUGAUUAUGUGUGCGUGUGUUGGUGUGUGUGUGCGUGUGUUUUACUGAUAAAAAUUAACUUUUGACUACCCUUCCGAAAUUCUACUACUCUCACUGUAACAUCAGUUUGUUUCAAAUUUUGAAUGUUUCAGAAGUAAUCAUCUGUAAGCAUCCGAGCAGAACAACAGGUAACCUUUCAGACUGACGUCAGAUUGUAACAUUGCCUCCUUUCUUGCUCCAACACCCAGGCUCCUUUAGUGAAAUAAGCAGGUGGAGGAAAAUGGGUGGAUUUUUGAAAUGUGUUAUGUGCUGUUAUAAAAUGUUACAAAUCUUAAUAAAUGUAAUUUGUCUUUGCUUUAAUUCA